CGAAGCACUUACACCGGCAUGUUCGACUUUUGCAUUGGUUUAAAAUAAGUAAACUCGUUUCCAAGACAAUUAUUUGCACCGUCUUAAAAUGGCUGUCACUCUGCAUACAGACCUUGGGGAUUUAAAAAUCGAACUGUUCUGUGAGCGGGCACCGAAGUCCUGUGAGAAUUUUCUUGCAUUAUGUGCAAGUGGGUUUUAUAAUGGCUGCAUUUUUCAUCGAAACAUAAAAGGGUUUAUGGUUCAAACAGGGGACCCUACAGGCACAGGGAAAGGAGGAACAAGUAUUUGGGGGAGGAAAUUUGAAGAUGAAUUUAGCGAACAUCUAAAACAUAAUGUCAGAGGUGUGGUUGCAAUGGCAAACAAUGGACCGAACACCAGUGCAUCUCAGUUUUACUUCACAUAUGGAAAACAGCCCCACUUGGAUAUGAAAUACACUGUGUUUGGAAAGAUAAUAGAUGGCUUGGAAACCCUGGAUGAAUUGGAGAAACUCCCUGUUAAUGGCAAAACCUUUCGUCCCUUGAACGAUGUCCACAUUAAGGAUGUCACUGUUCACGCAAAUCCUUUUGCGAGUUAAAGGUCUUCCUCUUUAGUUUGUACAUGCCCAAUUGUAAUACCCUUGUAUAAUGGUAUACUUGUGAAAAUGUUUGUAUAGAACACUUUUUAUAUUUUUAUCUUGUUUCUUCUGUUGAUUUCUGUUUUGUUUUUUUUCUCUUUUAAAACUGCGAUUAAUUAAAAGAGUGUGCAUCCUUGUAUGUUACAAUUAAAUUGAUUUUUAUAUAAA